CGGUGUCGUAGGUGACGCAAUCGUAAAUCAGACGUCUACUGUAGAGUUUUUUAACAGCGAUCCCAAAAAACCUGCAUAGCGUGCGUUGAAAGGACUGUGGACUUCACUCAUACUGCUCGCCGGAGAAAAUGGAGGCCGCGGAGGAGAAGGUGGUGGCCGUGAUUCUGGUCGGAGGCCCAACCAUAGGGACAAGAUUUCGGCCGCUUUCCUUCAAUACGCCGGAGCCAUUAUUCCCUCUUGCUGGCCAGCCGAUGAUUCAUCACCCGAUAUCCGCUUGCAAAAGGAUAUCCAACCUUGUGCAAAUUUUUUUAAUCGGAUUCUAUGAGGAGAGGGAAUUUGCAUUGUAUGUCUCUUCUAUAUCUAACGAGCUCCGAGUCCCUGUCAGAUAUUUGAAAGAAGAAAAGCCACAUGGUUCGGCAGGCGGUCUUUUUCACUUCAGGGAUCAAAUCAUGGAGGACUCCCCUUCACAUAUAUUUCUUUUGAAUUGUGACGUCUGCUGCAACUUCCCGCUUCCUAAAAUGCUAGAAGCACAUAAAAUGUAUGGAGGAAUUGGCACUUUGUUGGUUAUUAAAGUUUCUGCUGAAUCAGCCAACCAGUUUGGUGAAUUGGUUGCUGAUCCGAUAACCAAAGAACUGUUACAUUACACUGAGAAACCCGAAACUUUUGUUAGUGAUCUGAUAAACUGUGGUGUUUAUGUCUUUACACCAAAAAUCUUUUGUGUCAUCGAGGAGGUAUUUAUGCUUAGGGAAGGCAGAGCUGAUGUACGCCAUGCAUCUAGUUACGAAUCCCAACAAUUCACGACAAGCUAUGUUAAUCCCGGGGCCGAUUAUCCAUCAUCCAGGUCUCUUCCGACAGCUUUCGUUAGGUUGGACCAAGAUAUUCUGUCUCCACUUGCUGGUAAGAAGAAGUUGUAUACAUACGAGACAGUAGACUUUUGGGAACAAAUCAAGACCCCAGGAAUGUCGAUAAAAUGCUCCGCAUUAUACCUUGCUCAAUACCGAUCUUCCUCUCCACAUCUGCUGGCUAGUGGGGAUGGGAAAAGGAGUGCUAAAGUUAUUGGGGAUGUCUAUAUUCAUCCAUCAGCCAAAGUACAUCCAACAGCAAAGAUUGGACCAAAUGUUGCCAUUUCAGCAAAUGUCCGUAUAGCUGCCGGUGUAAGGCUUACGAAUUGCAUUGUCUUAGAUGAUGUAGAAAUCAAGGAAAAUGCUUUUGUUAUGCAUGCUAUUAUCGGAUGGAAGUCAUCUCUUGGCAGAUGGUCUCGAGUUCAGGCUGAUGGUGACUACACCACAAAGCUCGGAAUUACUAUCUUGGGCGAGUCGGUCAUUGUUGAAGAUGAAGUGGUGGUGACCAACACAAUAGUUCUUCAAAACAAGAUUGUCAACUUAAGUGUACAAGAAGAGAUCAUCCUGUGAAGUUAAAUCAUCAGGAAGUUAAACCAGAAGACACCAUCUUAAUGCUGACAUGAUUUUGCAUUUUCAGUGUUUUAUAUGGAAAUGAAGUUGGCUUCCAAGCUGCUUCGGCCAAUCGUGCAGCACUUAGAAGGCAUCAUUUUGUAAACUGUAUGAGUGUGUUUUGUGGCGAGAAAUCGUAGAUCGGCUCAAUUUUGCUACAUGCAUUGUGAACAAUGAACAGAUACCACGUUCUUGUGGUCUUUAGAAUGUUUGAAAUUGAAUGCAGAGCAAGAUAUUUCUUUGUUGAGGAUCAUUCGAGAUUCAAAAGAAGAUUUUACAUACAUAUUGCAAAGCCAGAUUGUGUUUUUAACACACUUGACAUAGUACCUGAAUAAUGGAAAUGAUUUAUAAGGAAU